AUGCUAAUGGACCCAUGCGUUGCUGUCGCCAGACGCGAGACGAGUUCUCCCGACAUUACCAAACCUGUCAAGCUCAGCAUAUGGGUAGACUCUGCUUAUAUCCAUGGGUCCUGGCUCAAGUUUGAGUACUGCUGGGAAGCAAAGGGCCAUACUUAUCGCGCUAUUGAAACUGUUCGCGACCUGGACGAUCCAAUUGCUCCGGGGCUGCUCGAGGUGACCCACGCCGAGGAAAUUGUGGUACAUCUUCAGGCCCCGAGACGAGGCCACUUUGUUGGCGCGCUCCUGAUGAUACUUGCAAAGGCAGAUGAUGCUUAUCAUCUCAUUAGCAACAUAUCGAAGAGCGUCAAUUCCACGGACCCGAACAACAUCACCAUCCGUUUCUCGACCGAACCAGUACAGCCAGGCCAGUCAGAGAACGAGGCCAAGAACUUCUGGGAGUGCCGCGCACCAAAGGUUCUGCAGGAAAGCGUCAGAAAACGCUUCUUUGUUUCUGACUACUUACUGCCAUGCUUUUACGAGUAUUUCCUGAUCAACCACCCGGUCGAAUUCGCCCAUCCGCCAAAGAUCGAGUUUUUCACGUGGCCGCGCCCUCACGUCUACAUACGCUUAAGGGAAAAGCGGUGCCCCAAAGACGUUGAAUUCAUAGUCCAGGAAAUAGGUCUGAAGGGGUGUCUGAAAUAUUUCGACAAGUUUCGUAAUCUCCGCGACCAGUAUGCCACGUACUCGGCCAAGAUGAUGACGGACAUGCGGAUUCGACAGGAGUACGGCCCUAGCCGUGAAGGUUGGGGGGCAAACGAUUACGGCGCAGCGAACCUAAAGUAUCGGUUUCAUUUCUUGCUCGAUAACCUAGCAGGGCCUGUCGGCGGCUGCUUGGACAUGCUGCGCUUUCAUCGGUUCAAGACCAUGGGUGCAUCCGAGGCCAACGUCUUUGCCCGACAUGAACAGAUGGCAUUGAAGAAAUUCGCAACACUUUCAGGAGCAGCAUCAGAGAUCACGAAUCGUCUCAAGAUACUGUCCAACCAAUUUGCCUUUGAGCACAUCCGAAAGCUCCGUACGAAAUGCCCUCACCUGUCAGCCGUGCCAUGGGCCACCGACCCUUCAGCUGAAACAUCUCCCCGGGAAUACUGCCCCCGCUCUGCAUGGCUGAAGAAUUAUCCAAACGGGAUUCGACAUAGCUGGAACGGAAGGAACCUGGCUGAAUGGCGAUUUCAGUGGAAAGCUGUACCAUGCCAUGAUCCGUCGGAGCCAAUCGGCUGGCUGUUUAGAUGGUGGGACUGUUUGGCAUGCUGCAAGGACUCGGGAACGGCCAUGAAUGAAGAACUCUCCAUCGCAUUCGAAAGGAAAGUCUUACGCAACUGGACAGAGUUCUUCAACGAGCCUCGCCAUAACGGGCGGUUCCCAUGUCAUGGUGAGACGCCAGUGUACUCGACUGGUCAAGAGGACAAGUAG